ACAUACGCUGAGAUGGACCCCACCACAGCAGCGCUGGAGAAAGAGCAUGAGGCGAUCACUAAGGUGAAGUACGUGGAUAAGAUCCAGAUUGGGAAUUACGAGAUUGACGCCUGGUAUUUCUCCCCAUUCCCCGAGGAUUACGGCAAACAGCCCAAGCUGUGGAUCUGUGAAUACUGCCUCAAGUACAUGAAGUUCCAGAAAACCUACCGCUUUCAUCUGGCCCAGUGCCAGUGGAGACAACCCCCUGGGAAGGAAAUCUACCGCAAGACAAACAUCUCGGUGUACGAGGUCGAUGGUCGUGAUCACAAGAUUUACUGUCAGAACCUGUGUCUGUUGGCCAAGUUGUUCCUAGACCACAAGACACUGUACUUUGAUGUGGAGCCUUUUAUCUUCUACAUCCUGACCGAGGUGGACAGAGAGGGGGCACAUAUCGUGGGCUAUUUCUCCAAGGAAAAGGAGUCCCCCGAUGGCAAUAACGUGGCGUGUAUCCUCACUCUGCCCCCCUACCAGCGCAGGGGAUACGGCAAGUUCCUCAUAGCAUUCAGUUAUGAGCUGUCAAAGCUGGAGACCACAGUGGGUUCCCCAGAGAAGCCUCUGUCAGACCUGGGGAAGCUCAGUUACCGCAGUUACUGGUCGUGGGUCCUGCUCGAGAUCCUACGAGACUUCAGGGGAACAUUGUCCAUCAAAGACCUCAGUCAGAUGACAAGUAUAACACAGAACGAUAUCAUCAGCACUCUACAGUCCCUGAACAUGGUGAAGUACUGGAAAGGACAGCACGUGAUCUGUGUCACUCCCAAACUGGUCGAAGAACAUCUGAAGAGCGCGCAGUAUAAGAAGCCCCCCAUUACAGUGGAUUCGAUCUGUCUCAAGUGGGCACCUCCCAAACACAAACAGAUAAAGCUGAACAAAAAAUGAGCCGGGGCGGAGCGACAGACAGACAGAUAGACAGACAGACAGACAGACAGACAGACGGACGCAUCCUGUCUCUUUUCGUUCAGGCCUGGUGAGAUGUAUCCUCUCUGCCGUCCUGUAGCUCAGUGGUUAGAACAUCGCCUCGCAAGCGAAAGGAUCUGGUUUCGAUCCCUGUGCGGGACAGGACGGGGCGAAACCUUAGGCAAGUUUCCUAACUCCGCAGACGCAGACGCAGACACGCGCCCGCACGCACCUCUGCUUCCCGGCAGUCAGCAGGAACCCGCUCAUCAGUCGAUUGGGGGGCAUCACUUUCCGGGGGGGGGGGGGGGGUAA